AUGGCGAAAAGAAUAGCUCAGAGCUCGAUAAACUGGGCUGCACUGGCUGAGAGGGUCCCUGCGGAGCAGAAAGGCCAUCUUGCUGCUUUCAAAGUCAAGUCCGAUGGAUAUCUUCGCAGAGUCCUGGCAAAUCCUCCAGAGCCUCCCAAGAUCAACUGGAACCUAUACAAGCAAACGGUGCCCAUCCCUGGUAUGGUGGAAAACUUCCAAAAGCAAUAUGAAGCUCUGAAAAUUCCAUACCCAGCAGAUACUAUGACUGCGCAGGUGGAAGCUCAAUGGCAACAAAUCAAAAAGGCUAUUGAUGCAUUUGUGCAAGAGUCCAACACAAACAUUGCUUCGUACCAAAAGCAAAUUGAUGAGAUCAAGGCAAUGCUUCCAUAUGACCAGAUGACAAUGGAAGAUUAUCGUGAUGCCUAUCCUGACCAAGCCUUGGACCCCAUCAACAGGCCUACCUUCUGGCCCCAUAACCCUGAGGAGCAGUUGGACUAUGUCGACCCUGAGAAGAAGGCCCAUGCUGCCCAUUAA